AGACUGAUUUUUGUUCUUACUUUUCAAAGCUUGUACUAAUUGUGCAGUUGUUGUUUGAAGUAUUUUGUGACGCAUAUUGAUAACAGAUUGCUAAUUAAACUUUAAUCGAAAGUUGGCUCUUCAGAUAAUUAGUUCAAUGAUUAUCGUGAAUGUGAUAUAACAAAAUUAGCCUAUCUUAUUGAACACUCAUAAAUUCUUAUAAACUCUGAAAAUUGAUGAGUUAAUUAAUCAACAAAUGGAUACCUGAAUUAAAAAUUUGGAAACAUCCAUGAAAUGAAAAAUUGCACCAACAACUCCGAGGAAAUUAAUUAAAAUUGUAUUCAUUGAUGUUUCAAACUCUAUCAGCACGUUUGUAAAUAUUUGUAUUGUGUUGCGUCGAAACUUGGCUCAUUAUUUUUUUGUUUCUGCCGAGCAAAUCACUGAAGCGUGCCAUUAAUUCCGGUUUUUAUCAAAGGAUUACUACUUUUAAAAAGCGUAUAUUGAUAUCUGCAUUAAUGCACUUUGUCUCAACCUUCUAUUGUGUUUUUUUUUCCAAUGACAUUCGAAUUACCAUUAUUGCGUCACAAAAAAGCAAUUCUUAUUUCACAAGCAUCUUAUCUGAAAUUACGUACUACUUGAGAGAAGUUGACUUUGAUCGCAAUUGCUCAAUUAUUACAUGAGAUUUAGCAAACGACACACAUCAUCUCUCCUCCACGAAGUGUGAUAAAUUUUAAAAACGGUAAUAAAAUAACGAAUGCACGCAGGUACGAGUUACGCUAAACGUUUAAACAACGAAAAUCCGGAUCGAUUAAAGUGCGUCGGCCGGACAGUGAUCGCAAGUUCUGAAAGUACAACGAGAAAGUGUGUCGGAUACGUCGAAGACACGAAGAUGUAGCUUACCGCGCAGGUUUUCCAAGUGAUUAAAUGCGAAUGUCGACAGUCGAACUCUUCGAUUCGCUGAUAGUCGAACGGAGAUGAAUGAGCGCGAUCGGAGAACGAUUUUCAGAGUUUGCGGCGAUCGUGCGGCGUCCGGGAAGCGCCGGAAGUGAAGUGGAAAAUCGGGGGAGAGAUUUCCGAUUCCCGAAUCUGGCGGAAGUAUUUUUGAAAGAUAGGCGGCGUGGUCUUACUUGAGAUGGACUCGGUGGCGGUGACGGUGCCGCUUCGUCAGCCGACGAAGAAGAUGAAGAAGCGGAAGGAACUCGAUGCUCUGGCACCGGCGCACGCUAUUUCUCGCCGCAGUUCUGGAAAACGCAGCUCGCAGGAAUUGUUGACAGACAGCAGUGACGAUCGCUCGGAAUAUUGGAAUGUCUCCACUAGAAACGGUCGUAAAUGCAGGGGUAGAAGGGGUCGUGCUUGUCCUGGAUUUCUGAAGGCUUGCAACGCCUUUUUGGCGUGUGCCUCUGUAUUAGCGACCGCCAGUUUAAUAUGGCUAUUCAUCGACGUUCGUCAACAACUUACCGCUUUGCGAACCGAAUUAGACCAAGUGAUAGCGGGUAGCGAAGGUGUCCCGGACGCUUUGCAGAAAUGUCAUUCGCUGUCGAGAGACCUCCAGAAUAACCAAACUAUCAUUUUCUCCAGACUGUCUGAUCUCAAGCUGCAAAUAAGCAAUUUUACGGUACAGCUGGCGCACAUUCAACAAGACUUGCAUAAAGUGCAGGAGUACUUCCAAGCCGCGCCCGAGAUGGCCAAUUUGCCGAAACGCUUGGACGAGCUGUCGACCAGCGUUGCGACAUUUGGCAGUCAAAUAAGGGACCUGGGAGCUACAGUGAACACCUUGAAGGAAACAAAUAUGAGGGUACAGGAUGCACAGACCGUUAUGCAGCAGAACAUCAGCAGUAUUAAGAAUACAAUGUUAGAAUUGUCGAACGUCACUCAAAAGCCUCAAAUCUUGAGCACCGACGAGGCACAAGUUAAGACUGAUAAACUGAAUUCCACAAUAUUGCAUUUGACGAACAAUUUAACGCAUGUCAAUGAGACCCUGUCGAGCAAAUUGCAAUGGGUUGCCGACGAUCAAGAUAAAGAUCGCAAAAAGUUAGUUUCACUUCAAGAAGCAACGGCAGCUAUUAACACGACGGUGAUGUCUCUACAAGGGGAAUGCGUUAAAAUAUCCGAACAAGCUCCUGUUUUAGCAUCAGUUCAACAAUUAACGGAAAAAGUGAAUGAGAUACGCACGACGAAUGUGGAAUUAAUUAACAAAUUCAAGCAAUUGGAGCAAUCGUACAAUGGGCUUAAGAAUUCCACCAGUAUAAUGUUCGCGACUGUAUCCGAAAUGCAGAAUCAGCAGCAAGUUAACAAAAUUAAGUUACCGGAGUCGCUGAUGGGCGAUAUAACCACAGAGGCGGAUCGCGACGCGACAGAUGUAAGUGAUGUUGCUCAGAAAAAGAUUCCAAAUGAGAAUUUGCAAAUGUGGCGACUUAAGCGCGAGUUCAAUGCGCGCGAGGAGUGAACGGACUUCGAAGAAGCUCGAGAGAGGAAAUCUUUAUGGGGAUUGAAGUCGCUUUGCUCGCAGCCUGACAAAGCUGUGCAUUUGUAAAUACUAAUAAAUUAAGUACGUUACAAUUCUCUGUACAUAGGAAGAGACUAUUUAUGACCUGGAUCGUGCGCCCGAGUAGAGUAAUCCGCCGGAAUCUAAUUAAUGUAUGAUUACGUACAUGUGCGAUCAAGACGUACAAGUCGUGGCCUGAAAGAAGCUAUUCACGCCGAGCAAUAACUAAUAGCGCGUAAACGUUGUUGUUAGUAAGAUAAAACCAUUCUGUAUUCGACCUAGAUCCGAAAGACACCGACUUAGACAUCGUCAAUUUCCGAACGACACCGAACAUAACAUAGCGAAAAAAAGGUAUUUCAGGAAUACUGCGUAUGAAAGUACAAAGUCCACAGCCGUCUAAAGCACAUUUUCGGUUGUAUAGCGUCUAGAAAAGUGUUCGUAUUCGAGUUAACGGCAGUGUACAACUACCAAAAAGUUUUUCUACUCUUCUACAUUUUACGUAGAUAGCGUAGCAGCGCGCUAUCGUGGAUUCUUUUCUAACACGAGAUACAAUAGAGAUUUUCAGGAUGCAGAGAGAAAACUGGAUAGAGAGAUGAUCCAGAAUGUUAAUACAUAUAUAGAUGCAACCCUAUUAGUUGUAAAAGUAACAAACAGUGUGAUAAAGCAAUGAAGAUAUAAUGGUUGUACAUUCUGAUUGCAAAGUUAAUUAAGUUUGAAUUUAACACAGCAUACUGAUCACAUGUGUCCUCAAUUUUUUAAUUUAACAACACGCGCACUACUUGUAUAGUUAAAUGUAAUGGUUCAAAUGUUACUCUUUCUGCGGCAAAAACUAAUUUUUACUAUUGAUCGUAGUUGUUUGAUCGAAUUUCUUUAACAAAGGAUGAACAUUAUUUUUAUAUGUGUAAAGGAUAACAAUUUCUGAAAUAUAUGCGGAAGUAAUGAACUUUUCGAUGCGAAAGGCUUAUAUACGACAUCUCGGUUCUUUAGUACACAAACAAGCUAUUUUUCACCGAAGACCUUGUGUAAUUGUAGACAGCGUAUAUACAUUGAUACAUGAAAAUUAGUAUAUAUGAGUAUUCGCAUGUAAUUAUUUCGCAUGCGGUAACAGUAAACAAAAAAAUUUAGACGAAUAUAGUAUUUUAAUAUCUCUCAAGAUACAGAGCGUAAGAAAUUAAAAAUGAA